AUGGACAGUGUUGGCUUUGCAGAUGUACAAAGUGAAGACGAGUUGUAUGAUUUUGACAUGGACAUGGAUCCUCCCAACUGGCAGCCACUUGUGAGCCGAGAAGUGUUGAUGGGGCUGAAACCCUAUGAAAUCAAGCGCCAAGAAGUGAUUAAUGAACUGUUUUACACUGAGAGAGCUCAUGUCCGCACGCUGAAGGUGCUGCAUAACGUCUUCUACCAGCGUGUGACCCGGGAGGGGAUCCUGAACUCCAGUGACAAACGGAAAAUCUUUUCCAAUCUGGAGGAUAUCCUUGGGCUUCACGUUGCAUUGAACGAUCAGAUGAAAGCUGUCCGGAAAAGGAACGAGACUUCUGUUAUUGGCCAAAUUGGGGAGGACUUGCUUUCCUGG